CGCUCAGGUCGGUAGGAGGAGAGGAUUGGAGCUGUUUUCUACUUGAUGCCAAGAUACGCCAAGCUAGGAGCGCUCUUCCCUUUCCACGGUCAUCGUCCAAGAUCAGGCCUGCAGGACGUGGGGACCAGGAUCAGAGCUUUUCUGGAGCCCCAGCCACUCCCUGCUGCCUGUGGUCCUGGACUGUGCAGGCUGCUGAGCACUGCCCGAGUGCCAAGGAGGAGGUGGAGGAGGGAGAGCACUCCAGCAUGGUCUGCCCCACUGCCUGCCCUCAGCCACACUGCUGCUGAAGCGACCCUGCCCAUGUGCACCCAGGCCGUGGGGCCGGGGGCCUGUCAGGGCUAGGAGUGGGACCCGCCAUCCAUGGGUCUCUAGGACUUGCGAGAUGCCUGGGAAGAGAGGCUGGGGCUGGUGGUGGGCCCGGUUGCCCCUCUGCCUGCUCCUCAGCUUUUCCAGUCCUUGGAUGCCUUCCUCCCUGGGAAAACCCAAGGGCCAUCCCCACAUGAACUCUAUCCGCAUAGAUGGGGACAUCACGCUGGGAGGCCUGUUCCCAGUGCACGGCCGGGGCUCGGAGGGCAAGGCCUGUGGAGAACUGAAGAAGGAAAAGGGCAUCCACCGGCUGGAGGCCAUGCUCUUUGCUUUGGAUCGCAUCAACAAUGACCCGGACCUGCUGCCCAACAUCACACUGGGCGCCCGCAUUCUGGACACCUGCUCGAGGGACACCCAUGCCCUUGAGCAGUCACUGACCUUUGUGCAGGCGCUCAUCGAGAAGGAUGGCACAGAGGUCCGCUGUGGCAGCGGCAGCCCGCCCAUCAUCACCAAGCCCGAGCGAGUGGUGGGUGUCAUCGGUGCUUCGGGGAGCUCAGUCUCCAUCAUGGUGGCUAAUAUCCUCCGCCUCUUCAAGAUACCCCAGAUCAGCUAUGCCUCCACAGCCCCUGACCUGAGCGACAACAGCCGCUACGACUUCUUCUCCCGUGUGGUACCCUCAGAUACAUACCAGGCCCAGGCCAUGGUGGACAUCGUCCGUGCUCUCAAGUGGAACUACGUGUCCACGCUGGCCUCAGAGGGCAGCUACGGUGAGAGUGGUGUGGAGGCCUUCAUCCAGAAGUCCCGUGAGGACGGAGGUGUGUGCAUCGCCCAGUCAGUGAAGAUUCCUCGGGAGCCCAAGAUGGGUGAGUUCGACAAGAUCAUCAAGCGCCUCCUGGAGACAUCCAACGCCAGGGCUGUCAUCAUCUUCGCUAAUGAGGAUGACAUCAGGCGGGUGCUGGAGGCAGCGCGGAGGGCCAACCAGACCGGCCACUUCUUCUGGAUGGGCUCUGACAGCUGGGGCUCCAAGAGUGCACCUGUGCUGCACCUUGAGGAGGUGGCGGAGGGUGCUGUCACCAUCCUCCCCAAGAGGAUGUCUGUGCGAGGCUUCGACCGCUACUUCUCCAGCCGCACGCUGGACAACAACCGGCGCAACAUAUGGUUUGCCGAAUUCUGGGAGGACAACUUCCAUUGCAAGCUGAGCCGCCACGCGCUCAAGAAGGGCAGCCACGUCAAGAAGUGCACCAACCGUGAGCGCAUCGGGCAGGACUCAGCAUACGAGCAGGAGGGGAAGGUGCAGUUUGUGAUUGACGCUGUUUAUGCCAUGGGUCAUGCUCUGCAUGCCAUGCACCGUGAUCUGUGUCCCGGCCGCGUGGGGCUCUGCCCUCGCAUGGACCCCGUGGAUGGCACCCAGCUGCUUAAGUACAUCCGAAACGUCAACUUCUCAGGCAUUGCAGGGAACCCUGUGACCUUCAAUGAAAACGGAGAUGCUCCUGGGCGCUAUGACAUCUACCAGUACCAGCUCCGCAAUGGCUCUGCCGAGUACAAGGUCAUUGGCUCCUGGACAGACCACCUGCAUCUCAGAAUAGAGCGGAUGCACUGGCCAGGGAGUGGGCAGCAGCUGCCCCGCUCCAUUUGCAGCCUGCCCUGCCAGCCAGGUGAGCGGAAGAAGACAGUGAAGGGCAUGCCCUGCUGCUGGCACUGUGAGCCCUGCACAGGGUACCAGUACCAGGUGGACCGCUACACCUGUAAGACCUGCCCCUACGACAUGCGGCCCACAGAGAACCGCACGGGCUGCCGGCCCAUCCCCAUCAUCAAGCUGGAGUGGGACUCACCCUGGGCAGUGCUGCCCCUUUUCCUGGCCGUCGUGGGUAUUGCCGCCACAUUGUUCGUGGUGGUCACCUUCGUGCGCUACAAUGACACGCCCAUUGUCAAAGCUUCAGGCCGUGAGCUGAGCUACGUGCUGCUGGCAGGUAUCUUCCUGUGUUAUGCCACCACCUUCCUCAUGAUCGCUGAGCCGGACCUCGGUACCUGCUCCCUGCGCCGAAUCUUCCUGGGGCUCGGCAUGAGCAUCAGCUAUGCAGCCCUGCUCACCAAGACCAACCGCAUCUACCGCAUCUUUGAGCAGGGCAAGCGAUCGGUCAGCGCCCCACGCUUCAUCAGCCCCGCCUCGCAGCUGGCCAUCACCUUCAGCCUCAUCUCCCUGCAGCUGCUGGGCAUCUGCGUGUGGUUUGUGGUGGACCCCUCCCACUCAGUGGUGGACUUCCAGGAUCAACGGACGCUCGAUCCCCGCUUCGCCAGGGGAGUGCUUAAGUGUGACAUCUCGGACCUGUCACUCAUCUGCCUGCUGGGCUACAGCAUGCUGCUUAUGGUCACAUGCACUGUGUAUGCCAUCAAGACGCGUGGUGUGCCAGAGACCUUCAAUGAGGCCAAGCCUAUUGGCUUCACCAUGUACACCACCUGCAUCGUCUGGCUCGCCUUCAUCCCCAUCUUCUUUGGCACCUCACAGUCAGCCGACAAGCUGUACAUCCAGACAACCACGCUGACGGUGUCGGUGAGUCUGAGCGCCUCGGUGUCUCUGGGAAUGCUCUACGUGCCCAAAGUCUACAUCAUCCUCUUCCACCCGGAGCAGAAUGUGCCCAAGCGCAAGCGCAGCCUCAAAGCCGUCGUCACUGCCGCCACCAUGUCCAACAAGUUCACGCAGAAGGGCAACUUCCGACCCAAUGGGGAGGCCAAGUCUGAGCUGUGUGAGAACCUAGAGGCCCCAGCUCUGGCCACCAAACAGACCUACGUCACCUACACCAACCAUGCAAUCUAGCUGAGCCGAGGGAGCCAUGCGGGUGGAGGAGCAGCCACGACCCGUGUGGAUGAUGCAUUGGACCAGGGCCACUCUGAGGGCCCAGCUGAUGUCCUGCCUGCCCGUGGGCGCCCACGGACGUGGUGUGGUGCUGAGGACAGUAGAGCCCCCGGCCAUCACUGGACAGCCUGGGCAAGCCAGGUGGGCGUCAGGAGGAGCCGAGGGGCCAGGGCAGCUCUGUGCCACUGCAAGGCCCACAUCUUGGGCAUUGCCCUCCUGACCUCCAAAGCACAGGGAAUCGGGAUGAGUGGGCCCCAGUGCUGGUUUCCUCUCGCUCUGUCCUCUUAGUGACCUUCUCAGUCUGUCUCUACCUGUCUUUCUGUUCUCUUAGCUGUUUG